AUGUCCUUAGUCGUAGUAGAUGACUCCCACCAAAAACAGGUCUUAUUAAAAGAGAUCGCAUUAUUGAAGAAAGCAAUAAGUGACAAACAAUCAGUUAAUGGAGUGCAGAAGCAGAAGAAGCAGAAGAAGCAGACGGGGACUAGGUAUAAAAUCAAGAGCAAGAGUAAGGUAAGGAAACCAAAACAUUCGAAGCGGUCAUUUUGCAACCCGAAGCUCGUGAGGAGUAGUGGUGCGCUGAACUCGCAUAAUCCGGAAGGAGAUGUAGAGGGUGGUGCAUCUCUUUUACAAACCGAGCAACAAUAUUUCGUGUCUGGUGAUGGUAAAUCUGCAAUUAACACUAAAAUUUUUAGGGCCGAUUUGAUCAGGCGACCAGAUCCUUUCGAGGAAAUGAUGGCUAUUAACAGCUUGAAGAGGAAGUUGGAAAAACUCAAAGCUAAGAAUUCCAUGUGUGACCGGGUUUUGGUUAAUGGAGAAAAGUACUCGGUUGUUGAGAACGGCUCUAUUCUCUCUCCACUAACUUACUAUAAAAAUGCAGAUGAUACUAUAUUCUGGAAUGAUCACUGGUAUGAGGUUACCGAUGCGGGCUAUUACCUCAUCGAAGGAAGUUCAAGAAAGUGUACCAAUACCCAAUGCAAGUAUAGUCACUUGCUUCCAGAACAUUAUGGAGACUCCAAAUACGAAAUAGGCAUCUGCCGGCCAUUCUCUGUUGGUGGAUGGUGUCCCAGAGGCAAAAACUGUCCAUUUUUGCAUGUUUGGAACUGUCCGGACUAUGACGAAGAGGUCGCAUGUCCUAGAGGUGACUCGUGCUCAUUGAAUCACGUAUUCACAUUGAGGAUGCAAGAUAGAAUAAGCACAAAGUCCAACACAUACGUCCGACAGGAAACUUUGGUACAAGAAGAAGAGGACGAGGAAGAAGAGUCUACUGUGGCUACCUCGAAAGUACACAUAAAUAGUUUUACUGUUGAGCCAAGUGUACUAUUAGCCACCAAUACUGUGGGAAAUUAUCAGCAUUUUAUUGACCAAGCUCCAUUUCAAAGUGAAGGUGUAGUGCCGGCUCCUUCCACUCAGUUUUUGAUUGAAGUAUCAUCUGAUGAAGAACAAUUGUUUGAUUCUGAGGAAGAAUAG